AAAAAAACAAGAACAAAUACGUCAAGAGGGCAACUAGUACUAGCCUCACUAGGUAAGUAAUUCUCUAGGUCGAUAUUCAAUUUAGACACAACAUAGACGGCCUGCUUGAGAACCUGGGGUGGCCUGGGGUGUUGUCAGAUGCGUAUGGAUCAUCGCUGCUAUCACAAUAUCGAUGCGUCGCCGACACCUGUAGUAUCCGUGAUGGAUUGCGUAUCUUGUAUUCGUGAACCCACGGAAGACGACAUCGCUUUGAUCCAUCAGACAACAAUGGCUAGCGAGGAGGCAAUCCAGGAACUGAACAGCGAAAUGAACAUGCUGUAUUCUGUUCUGGAGCGCCUCCGCUUGCAGAAGGACAAGCACCAGGAGAAUAUACGUCAGGCCUCCUCAUUGUUAACUCUCGCUCGCCGCCUACAUCCUGAGCUGCUAGCUCGCAUAUUUGAGAUAUGUGCCGAAAGCGGCUGGACGCGUGCGCCUGUGGCUGUAUCUCAAGUAUGCUCAGCUUGGAGGAAAGCCGCAGCCUUUCCUCGUGUAUGGUCCCAUCUCUUCCUUGACUUGAGAUCCAGAAACUCGAUCGGGAAAGUGGAGUUUUGGUUGAGAAAAGUUCAGCAUGCGCCUUUGCAUAUAACUUUGGAUAUCCCUCUUGGGCCACUAUCAUUGGAGGAGGUUUGGGGUUUGCUCAUUCCUCGCUGCAAGCAAUGGCACACCCUUAUCGUCAAAUCUGUGGACUCGACAACAAUGAACUACGUCCUUCACCGCUGCAGUUUCCCAUUGCCUGCUUUAAGCCAACUCAGUGUCAUCACUGAAAUGGAGGGUUCUCAGGGAGAUCUUGUGAAUGUGUCGUCACUUCAAGACGCUCCGCAUUUAUCUCGGUUGUUCAUUGAACAACCGAAUCUUCCACAGUGGAGCAACUUCAUAGGAGUCACGAAAUUACAUGUUGUGCUCUCCUCUUCAACGUUGCUCGCACCUUCCAUCAAUGCCACCGAUUGGAUCGAAAUGUUGCAGGCCUUACCAGAGUUAAGGGACCUCACAGUAGAGCUCUCUAAACCAGAAGCGCGCCCAUACAACGUUAACACCCAACGCGUUGCGGAUCUUCCUCACCUGGAAUCACUGACACUUCACGUCUCUCCCGAAGUGAACGGAAUCCUUCUGACAAUGCGCGCACCUGCGUUGCGUCAGCUCCACCUGCGCUGCUCAUCUGAUCCCUUUUCACGCCAACACAUGCCUUCUGGCGCCCAUUUGUGUCGGUUCCUCGAGUCUUCCCCUUGUUUACAGCUUCUAGAACUCUAUGAUGUUGACGUGGAGCAUACUGACUUCGCGCGAUGUUUCGAGCUCCUUCCUAAACUAGAGGAACUUCGUCUGCACGAUAGUGACGUUGCUGACGAACAACUGCGGCUGCUACACGGGAACAACGGGUAUUGCCCAAACCUUGCUCGUCUUGACUUCCGCUGGUGCAAUUAUCUCACUGGCAAUGCGCUCGUGAACCUUGUGCAGAGCCGGUUGCCGGGAGAUGAAGGCGAGGAUCAAGUGUCGCCCACAACACCACAAACGAGGUCGAUUGAUGAAGUGGCUGUUAUCAACUGCCUGCACGUCAAAGAACAGGAUGUUUUCGAUCUAGCGGAAAUAACACUUUGCAGACUUCUAAUGAGGUCGAACGAAGAUCACUGCUAUGGAAGGGGUUGCUGCAACAACGAGAGAUAUAGGCAACGACUGCGACUUCGCCACAACAAUAAGUUGCCGGCAAGGGUUAUCCUUUGACCAUGGAUCAGAUCGGUCAAGCUUGAGCUUACAAUCGUGCUCGGUAGAAUACUAAAUUCGAACUGCACAUAGACAAUGUAAUACGAGUGCUGUUAGUCUCAAACUAUGGCAAGCAGUAGUAGUCAGUGUACCAUUCGCCUCAAACAAGGACCAGUCUGAUAUUCCACGCGUUAGAGAACCCCUGCCGUUGGAGCUGCAAGUAAAGCAGCACUGGACUGAGCCUACAUAACCUAUAUCGUGGUGAUUGAAAAAGAAAACUCCAAAACUUUCCGCCCU